AUGAAAAAUGUCGCUUCUGCUGACCAAGAACUUACUGUUGAAGAACGCAAUCUCUUAUCUGUUGCAUACAAAAACGUGAUUGGUGCCCGAAGGGCUUCUUGGCGUAUUGUAUCCUCGAUUGAACAAAAAGAAGAGACGAAAGGAAACGAUGUUCAAGUUGGCUACAUCAAAGAAUAUCGUUCAAAGAUUGAAGACGAAUUAACUAAGAUAUGUGAUGAUAUUUUGGAAGUAUUAGAUAAUCAUCUGAUUCCAUCUGCUGCAACUGGAGAUAGACGUAAUCAAUCUGCUGACAAGUCCUUGGAUGCGUAUAAAGCUGCAAGUGAUGUUGCUGUCACUGAGCUUGCACCUACUCAUCCAAUUCGAUUGGGAUUAGCUCUUAACUUUUCUGUCUUCUAUUAUGAAAUUCUGAAUUCUCCUGAUAGAGCCUGCCAUUUGGCUAAACAAGCAUUCGAUGACGCCAUUGCUGAAUUGGACACCCUUAGUGAAGAAAGUUACAAGGAUUCAACGUUAAUCAUGCAAUUAUUGAGAGAUAAUUUGACACUCUGGACAUCAGACUUGCCGGACAGCAGUACCAACCUGGCCACGAGGCUAACCAAUGCCCUCAACCUAGGACUGCCGACGCCAAACAGUGCUAUUCUUGCGGUGGCGGAAACCGGGGUCACCGUGGAUAUGGUGGCGGUCGUGUUAUCUGCUACAAAUGUGGUGGAUUCAAUCAUUUCGCAAGAGAUUGCCAAGCUAAUGGUGUUAAAUGUUACAAUUGUGGACGCUUUGUCUCGUGACUGCCCUACUUCUCAAGGAUCAAGCGAUAAAUCUGUCAAGACAUGUUAUCGUUGCAGCGAACGCGGUCAUAUUGUAA